AAUAAACCCAAAUAUUUAAUCUACAUCUCCAAGUCCAACCAACAUCUUCACAAUUAAUUGAAACCUAAAGAACGUCAAAACCUCCAUCUGCAACCACGUGAGAUACACGUGCGUUGACGGACCCGUGAGUAGAGGAGACUCUCUCUUGGGCAAGCGGACAAGCACCCACUCAGCACAGACCACACCACACACAAGCCUUCUCUCUAAUUUUGCCCCCUUUAUUUUUAAUUCAUUACUUAACGAUCCCUAACUAUAUUUAGUAUCCUUCUUGCAUUAUUAUAUUAAUCAAGAUUAACUAUUCCUAAUCUCUCUCUUAAAUACUCACCUUAAGAUUUUUCUCUAAAUAUCAGAUUAACUUUUGUGGGUUUUUCUUUUCCGGCAAAAAAGCAAACUAUGUACCCUUCUUCCUCCUCCAAGUCCACCGUUCCAGACGGCGGCGAUGCCGACAACAAUGGAUAUGACUCAGCCGCUGGAGCUACCCGUGAUUUCUCCUCCCUCGGCUCUCAAACCCAAUAUAAUCCUCCGCCGCCGCCGCGGCAGCAGCACAAUCCCAACGUCGUUGGUCUCGGUGAUUACUUCUCAUCCGGAGAUCCGUCUACCAUCGGAUUCGAUCCCGGGGCUUCUUCUUCGUCUCCGUUGUUCAGACAUAGAAGCUCCCCGGCUGGAUUCUAUGACCAGCAUCUUCCCACUGAUCCCAACGGCCGGCCAAACGGAGGAUACGGCGGAGGAGGAGAGAGAGGGCCGUCGAGGUUGAAGCCGGAGCUGAGAUUUUCCGGCGGUAGUAGUAGUAGUCAUCAAGAGCGUAGCUCUCUACCACGAAUCACAGAGGUGGAAGCGGCUGCGACGGCUGUAAAAGGUGUCGCAUCGACGAGUAUGACUUUUGGAAAUGAUCACAACAACUGGGACAACUCGUCUUCUCAUAUCAGUUUCACCAUUGAUGAACCCGGAAAACGGUCCAAGACCACCGACUUUUUCACCUUAGAAACGCAGUUUAGUAUGCCGCAAACGUCUCUGGAAGUGGCGAGGAUGGAGAGUAUGAUGAACAUACCAGAGGAUUCGGUGCCUUGUAGGGCUAGGGCCAAGCGUGGCUGUGCUACUCACCCGCGCAGCAUUGCUGAAAGGGAGAGAAGAACGAGAAUAAGCGGGAAGCUGAAGAAGCUACAAGAACUGGUGCCCAAUAUGGACAAACAAACGAGCUAUGCAGAUAUGUUGGAUUUGGCUGUUGAGCAUAUCAAAGGUCUGCAACACCAAGUAGAGUCGCUGAAAAGGGGGAUGGAGAGAUGCACUUGUGGGGCAUGCAAGAAGCGAUGAUGAAAUGAUAUGUGUUUCCAAGCAUGAUCCAAGAAAGUAUAGAAGAAAAAGAGAUUAAUGUAUCAAUCCAAAGACAGAAAUUAGAGCAACAAAAGGUUUUUAGUGAUAUAUACUUGUGAUUUUGGAGGUCCAAAGAAAGUGAUGGUGGUCAGUCUAUUAAUGAAGUCUGGUUUUGACA